AAGCGUCUCUUUCUCACUCUCUCUCAAUCAAUCAAGCAAGCAAAUACUGGGAGACGGGGGAGAUGGCAGGGUACAAAGUGGAAGACGACUACGAUUACCUCUUCAAAGUUGUUCUUAUAGGCGAUUCCGGAGUAGGCAAAUCCAAUCUCCUCUCCAGAUUCACCAAAAACGAGUUCAACCUCGAGUCUAAAUCCACCAUUGGAGUCGAGUUCGCCACUCGGACCUUGAAGGUUGAUGAUAAGGUCGUCAAAGCUCAGAUUUGGGACACUGCUGGUCAAGAGAGGUACCGUGCCAUCACCAGUGCAUACUACCGUGGAGCAGUUGGCGCACUCCUAGUAUACGAUACCACCCGCCGUGCAACAUUCGAGAACGUAGACCGGUGGUUAAAGGAGCUCAAGAACCACACAGACCCAAACAUUGUGGUGAUGCUCGUUGGUAACAAGUCUGAUCUGCGCCAUUUACUAGCUGUUCCGACAGAGGAUGGUAAAUCAUAUGCUGAGCAGGAAUCGCUUUGCUUCAUGGAAACAUCUGCUCUUGAAGCCACCAAUGUCGAGGACGCGUUCGCAGAGGUUUUGACGCAGAUUUACCGCAUCACUAGCAAGAAGCAAGUCGAAGCUGGUGAAGAUGCGAACGGGUCUGUCCCGAAAGGGGAGAAAAUCGAAGUUAAGAACGAUGUCUCUGCUCUGAAGAAACUCGGUUGCUGCUCAAAUUGAAGGCAUUUUCGUUUAUAUAUGUUGAGAGAGAGAGAGAGAGAGUUGUAAUACCACAAGGUCCAUUGUUUGGUUAUGUUAUUGUUUUGUAAUAAAUAUAGACAUCUAUAUGAGUUUUUACACUAUACAUAUGACAUAAUAUAAUGUUUUAACUUUAUUCC